AAGGGAGUUCUUUCUUUCAACAGAUAUAACCCAACGUCAAGCUAAACAAUCUUCAUAAAAAAAAGUUACAACUCCUGACAAGAGUGGAUCAUUUAUUUUAUAAGAAUUUAUUGAAUCAGAUGAUGAUUCAUCAAUGAGUGAGAGUGAAAAAAAUAAUAAAAACAAAAGUAAAUUGAAAAAGCGAUAUUUGGCCAGAUGUUUGGUAAAGAGGAAAAACCAAUAUGCUUUGCAUCAAGCUCGUUAUCACCAGCGGAGAAGAAUUAUUCUCAAUUGCAUAGAGAAGCAUUAGCAAUUGUUUAUGCGAUUCGCAAGUGCUAAAAGAAAUUUUCAAUCCAAAUAAGAGUACAGCAGUGGCAGCAGCUUCAAGAUUACAGCAAUGGGCAGUUUUAUUAUUUAUGUAUAGUUAUACUAUUCAAUAUAGACUUGCAAAACAAAUGACACAUGUAGAUGCAUUGUCUAGAUUACCAUUGAAUAUAGCAAUAGAAGUUGAAGAAAGCUCAAUAAAUAGAUUUUGCAUUACUAAUGAUUUUAAUUUGAGUACUAAGGAAAUACCAGAUGGUUAUAAAACAGAUAAAAUAUUAGAAAAAGUAAUAAAAUAUGCGCAAGAAGGUUGGCCAAAUAAUAUAGAAGAGGAUUUAGAGUAUUAUUUUAAGUUAAGAGAUAACUUGGGAACUCAAGAUAAUUGUUUAUUUUUUGGAGAUAGUAUAAUAAUACCUGAAAGUAUAAGAGAAGAGAUACUGAAAUUAUUACAUAAGGAUCAUCAUGGUAUAGUUAGAAUGAAAAUGGAAGGUAGAGGAAUAGUUUGGUGGAGAGGAAUGGCUAAAAAUGUUGAACAUUUUGUAAAAGGUUGUGAGAUUUGUUGUCAAACACAGAGUGUACCUAAAGAGAAAGUGGAAUCAAAGUGGCUUGAAACCAAUAGUCCUUUUGAGAGAGUACAUAUUGAUUUCUUUUAUUUUUAUAAGGAUAUAUUUUUACUUUUUGUUGAUUCUUAUAGUAAAUUUAUUGAUGUUAAAUUAAUGAAUAAAACUAAUGUUGAAAGAGUUAUUUAUACUCUUCAAGAGAUUUUUGCUUAUUUUGGUCUACCAACAGAAUUAGUGGCUGACAAUGGUCUUCCAUCUAAUUCUUGGAAAUUUAAUACAUAUGGUAAAGAAAGUAAUAUUAAAGUGACUAAAACACCUCCUUAUCACAGUCAAUCUAAUGGUUAAGCUGAGCGUUCUGUACAAACAGUAAAAAAGUAUCUAAAUAAAUAUUUUUUAGAUUGUAAAUAUGAUAGAUUAUCUAUUAAAGAGAAUAUAUUAAGAUUUAUUAAUGCUUACAAUAGCACACUGUCAACGGUAACAAAAUAAUCACCAUUUGAUGUAAUUGUUUCAUAUAAAGUAGGGACUUUUGUAAAUAAAUUAAAUAAAAAAUAUAAAAAAAACUGUAGAAGUUAAAAUUGUAGAAAAUGGAACAAAAUAAGGGUAAUAUUAAAAGUUCAUUAAAAUGGUUAACAGCAAUAAUUGUUAAAAGAAAAAGUAAAUACUUAUAUGUAAUAAAUUAAAUAAUAAAAUUAGAACUGCACAUGUUAAUCAAUUAAAAGAAAAAACUUACAGAGAUGUUAAAGAUAUUAAAGUACCUAGAUUUGUAAAUGAAGAUAAGAGUAUAGUAAAAAAUUCAAAUAGAGUUGUUAAAAAAACAAAUCGAUAUGGAUUUGAUGAAUUUGUAUAAUAUUAUACUAGUAUUAAUUGUAAAUCUUGUUUACAUUG